AUGAAGUUCAUGAAAGUGGGCCGUGUGGCCAUCAUCACCCGUGGCCGUUACGCCGGUAAGAAGGUCGUCAUUGUCCAGCCUAACGACACUGGCUCCAAGGCGCACCCCUUCCCUUACGCCAUCGUCGCCGGUAUCGAGCGCUACCCCCUCAAGGUCACCCGCCGCAUGGGUAAGAAGACCGUCGAGAAGCGCAGCCGCAUCAAGCCUUUCAUCAAGGUCGUCAACUACAACCACUUGAUGCCCACUCGCUACACUCUCGAGCUCGAGGGUCUCAAGGGUGCCGUCUCCACCGAGACCUUCAAGGAGGUUUCCACCCGCGAGGAUGCCAAGAAGAACGUCAAGAAGGCCCUUGAGGACCGCUACACCAGCGGCAAGAACCGUUGGUUCUUCACUCCUCUGCGUUUCUAA